ACCAUCAAAGCCACCUCCCCUCUUGGGGAUCCGAGGGUGACGUAUAACUUGGAGGACGGCAUGGUCCCAGAGACCAACAUGCCAGUUCGCUUCUACCUGACCCCCAACAGAGAGGACGGUUCGGCCUCCAUCCUGGUUGCAGAGCCCCUGGACUAUGAGACCACCAGACACUUCAUGCUGCGAGUCCGGGCCCAGAACGUGGCUGCUGUUCCGCUGGCGGCCUUCACCACGGUCUAUAUCAAUGUCACAGAUGUAAAUGACAACGUCCCAUUUUUCACUUCCUCCAUCUACGAGGCUUCAGUCACUGAAGGGGCGGAAUCAGGAACCUUGGUUUUCCAGGUCUCAGCCGCUGACCUCGACUUGGGUCUCAAUGGCAAGAUCUCCUACUCCCUGCUGGAGGACCGCAGUGGAGACCACCAGUACUUCCGUAUUGACCCCGAGCUGGGAUUCAUCUACUCUCAGACUGUGUUUGACCGCGAGACCAAAAGCUCCUACCUGUUGGAGGUUCAGUCUGUGGACGGCUGGGAGUCAGCUCGGCCUGGCAAACAUGGACAACCCAACUCUGACACAGCGUAUGUUCGUGUUUUCAUCAGCGACGUGAACGAUAACAAGCCAGCGUUCGCACAGGCGUCCUACGAAGUCGAUGUGGAUGAGGACGCUGACGUAGGCUUCGCCAUUCUCACCGUCAGUGCCAAUGACGGGGAUGAAGGUGGAAACGCUAAGCUGCGCUACCAGAUCACAUCAGGGAACAAGGGAGGGGUGUUUGAUGUAGAACCAGAGGUGGGCACUAUCUUCAUCGCCCAGCCGCUGGACUAUGAACAAAACAAAAGGUACAAGCUCCAUGUCCUGGCUUCAGAUGGAAAGUGGGAGGAUUACUCGACUGUGACGGUGAACGUGGUCAACAAAAAUGACGAGGCUCCGGUGUUCACCGUUAACGAAUACUACGGCAGCGUUACAGAGGAACUGGACGGAUCACCGGUGUUUGUGUUACAGGUUACAGCAUCAGAUCCAGAUAAAGAUGCUGACCAGGAGGCCCUGCGCUACUCUCUCCAUGGCCAGGGUGCAGAGAGCGAAUUCAUAAUCGAUGAGGUCACAGGGAAGAUCUACGCCCAGCGGACACUGGAUCGCGAGGAGCGUGCCGUUUGGCGUUUUGUCGUCUUGGCCACGGACGAGGGCGGCGAAGGUCUGACGGGCUUCACCGACAUCAUCAUUAAUGUGUGGGACAUCAAUGACAACGCGCCCAUCUUCACCUGCGCCCCAAGCUGCCUCGGAGACGUUGCGGAGAACUCGGUCGUGGGGACGUCGGUGAUGGAGAUGACGGCCACUGAUCUGGACGACUCGGCGGUGGGCCAGAAUGCCGUGCUCUCCUACAGGAUUACCGGGAGCUUAGACGCCACAAACGUGGAAGUGGGAGGAGUGCCUACCUUCUCAGAAAUGUUCACGAUCAAUCCCACCACUGGGACCAUCACUGUGGCCAUGGGAGGCCUCGACAGAGAGCAGGUGGAGUCCUACCUCCUGGUGGUGGAGGCCAGAGAUGGCGGAGGGAUGACGGGAACUGGAACUGCUACCAUUCAGAUCAAGGAUGUGAAUGAUCACGCUCCGAGAUUCACGGAUCGCUCCUGCAUGACAAGGAUCUCUGAGAAUGCAGAGGUCAAUGCAGAGGUCCUGGAGAUUGUUGCAGAGGACAGAGACACUGGAGAAAAUGCCCAGCUGACCUUCAGUGUUGUGGCUGGAGACCAAGAGCAGAAGUUCUACAUGGUGAGUCACAAGCAGGAGCAGCGCGGCACCCUGAGGCUGAAGAAACGUCUCGACUAUGAACGACACAGCGAGCAGAGGUUCAACCUCACACUGAAGGUUGAGGACCUGGACUUCUCCAGCCUCCUACACUGUGUGGUGGAGGUGGAGGACUACAACGACCACGCUCCCGUCUUCAUUCCUCACCUCCUGUCUCUGGCCCCUCUCCAUGAGGACAUCAGCGUGGGGACCAGUGUGGCCCGGCUGGUGGCCAGCGACUCUGAUUCAGGCCAGAACCGCGAGAUCACCUACACCCUGACAGAGGACUCGGACCCUGAAGGGCUCUUCACCAUCGACCAGUCGGGUGUUCUCUCCGUGGCCCGGCCUCUGGAUCGAGAGAAGAUAGCACGGCAUUCCUUGGUUGUCAUGGCAACGGAUCAUGGGGUUCCACCUCUAACAGGCAGCGCCACUGUCCAGCUGCCACUGUUGGAUGUAAACGACAACGGACCGGAGUUUGAGGCGGCAUACUCCCCAGUAGUCUUUGAGAACGUGGCAGGCCCACAGGUAGUAAGGAUGAACCAAACGUCGACUCUCCUGCGGGCUGUGGACCAGGACUCCCCAGAGAACGGUCCGCCCUUUCACUUCACAGUCCCCCCCGAGUAUCGCCAUAGCAAUGAUUUGUACCUCCAGGACAACCUAAACGGCACCGCCACUCUAACAGCUCUGAGGACGUUUGACCGCGAGCGCCAGAAAGAGUUCUUCAUACCUAUUAUCAUGAGUGACAGCGGCCAUCCGGCCAAAACAGUGACCAGCACCUUAACCGUCACCAUCGGGGACCAGAAUGAUCACCCACAUGUGGCGGGGGAGAAGAAGAUUUUCAUCAAUAGUCACAGAGGCCGUAUGCCAACCACGGUGCUUGGAAAGGUCUACUCCCCCGACCCCGAUGACUGGGACAACAAGACGUACGUGUUUGAAGGACAUUUGCCAAGUUACUUCAUCCUGAACAAGCGAACAGGCUUCCUGAUCAUCAAGGAGAACGCCCCCACAGGCGCCUACGAGUUCCAGGUCCGUGUGUCGGAUGGAGUUUGGCCAGAUGCUGUCUCUACCAUCACUGUGCACGUGAGGGAGCUGCGAGACGAGGCCAUCUACAACUCAGCGUCUCUGCGCCUGGCAGACAUCACAGCAAAGGAGUUCAUUGAACUGAGAGGGAAGCAGCGGAGCCGCUACGAGCUGCUGGCGGACUUCCUGUCUAAGAUGCUCUACGUUCCACCUGAUGAUAUCAACAUAUUUAGCCUAAUGGAUGUGAAGGUGCAGAUGCUGGAUGUUCGCUUUGCCGUGCACGGUGGCGCCACCUUCCUCCAGCCAGAAAAAAUCCAUGGUUAUCUUACCGCCCACAAACAAAAGCUCCAGUUGUUAGACUCAAGCUGCCUACUGUAG